AUGUCCAUCCAAACCUUAACAUCCUCAACCCCAGUCUGGCUAAUAACCGGCUGCACCUCCGGCUUCGGCCGCUCCAUCGCCUUCGAGGCCCUCAGCCGGGGGUACGCCGUAAUCGCCACAGCCCGAAAUUCCUCCCGUCUGUCUGAGCUCCAAGCCGCCGGUGCGGCAGUCAUGGACCUCAACGUCACCAGCUCCGACGAUACACUAGACCAAAAAAUGGCGGAGGCGAAUGCCCUGUACGGAAAGAUCACGCACGUGGUUAAUUGCGCUGGGUAUAUCUUAGAGGGAGGGGUGGAGGAGGCCAGCAGCAAGGAAGUCUUUGACCACUACAACACAAAUGUCCUAGGGACAUUCAAUGUUGCGAGGGCUGUUGUGAAGUAUCUUAGAGCUGCUGCGGCGGCGGCUGUUCCUGGCCAACAAGUGGCGUUGGCGAAUUUCGGGAGUUUGGGGAGUUGGCGGUCCGGGGCUGGGGUUGCGCAUUAUUGCAGCACCAAAUUCGCCGUGAGCGGCUUAACCGAGGGUCUAGCGGAGGAAUUGAAGCCCUUCGGGAUAGACGUGUGCGUUAUCGAGCCUGGAUACACUCAGACGGGGUUCCUGAAGCGUGGUGUUGAUGGAGGAGGAGGAGGAGACCACCGAGUCGUGACGGAAAGGAAGAUUGCGGCAUAUGAAGGUACUGCCGUGGGGGCGGCGCAUGAUGCUCUGGAAGCAUAUAACGGGAAACAGCCCGGAGAUGUUGACAAGUCUGCAAAGGUCAUCGUGGAUGUGUUGACUAAGAGUGGCGUGGCGAAGGAUAGAGAGGUUCCUGUUAGAUUGGCGCUGGGGACAGAUGCUCUGGAGGUUAUUAGGAAGAAGUGCGAGGAUACGUUGCGGUUGAUUAGGGAGUGGGAAGACAUCUCGAGGUCGACGAUGAGGGAUGGGAACUGA